CUUCCUCCUGAUCUCUGGGCACACACGCUGCACAUUGGGACCGGGUCUGUGUGUUGUGUGGAUGGCUCUCGGGUCUCAGCACACAUUGCACACCAUUCCAGGAAGCAGAGCCUGUUACGAAAUAAAUGUCAGAAGGGAGAAGAAGAAGAGGUGUGAUUAGGAAGCCUGGAUUGGGAGUUAAGAUAAGUGUCAUUCCUUGAACCUGGAAAAAAUGCCUGUGGAAAGGAUGCGGAUGCGGCCGUGGUUAGAAGAACAGAUAAAUGCGGAUCGAAUCCCAGGAUUGAAAUGGCUAAAUAAGGAAAUGAAAAUAUUCCAGAUUCCAUGGAUGCAUGCAGCACGUCAUGGGUGGGAUGUGGACAAAGAUGCUCCUCUGUUCAGAAACUGGGCAAUUCAUACAGGGAAGUAUCAGCCUGGUAUAGAUAAACCAGAUCCAAAAACAUGGAAGGCAAAUUUUAGGUGUGCAAUGAACUCAUUACCGGAUAUAGAAGAAGUAAAAGACAAAAGUAUGAAGAAAGGCAAUAAUGCCUUCAGGGUAUACAGGAUGAUACCAAUAGCAGAAAGACCUUCAAAGAGAGGAAAAAGAGCAAAAGAAGAAAAAAUAAAACAAGAGAAGGAGGAUAUUGGCCAGAGAGCGUUGCCUUUGAUGAAUGGAGCAUAUACUUUUCAUCCACAAUAUGCAUUGAUAUGUUCGACAUUAAGACCAGAAGUUGAUAGCACUGUAAAUAUUGUAGAUGGAACGGCAUAUAGCAACAGCAUGGUGGAAGAAAUGAUUGUCACCAACCCUCCUGAUGUUUGUCAAGUUGUUGAAGUAAUGACAGAAAGUGAUGAGCAGCCACCAUAUCCCUCUCAGCAUUAUCCACUGCAGAUCUCCCCAGUCUCUUCAUACGAAGAGAGUGAAACCGAUAGCGUGCCCAGCGAUGAUGAAAAUGUGAGCCGAUUGCAAAAUCAAAGGAACAGUGAAAACAGAGAGUGUGUACGGACUACCAGCCCAAGAGCACUCUAUAACCUCCCGGGCAUGCAGACCUUUGUAACGUCUAACAAGCCGGAUCUCCAAGUUACAAUAAAGGAGGAGAAGUUCCCCAUGCCCUAUAAUAGCAACUGGCCCAUAUUUCCAGAACCAAACCCCAUUUUACAGACAGCCAGUUCUUCAACACUUAUCACCCGGAAAGACCAUGAAACCAGAGCCACAGUUAUUAAGAAAACAUCAGAUAUCACUCAGUCGAGCCUUAAGACUUUUUAGAAGGACUUGUUCAUAUAUUUUUAUUUUUAUUUUCCGGGAGAGAAGAAAGAAAAGGAAUUUUGUCAUCUUAUUAAAUUAUCAUUUUCUGCCCUUAACAUGCCGUUUUGAUUUAAUCAAAUCAGUCAGUGUAGAAAGCUGCCGUGGAUACUGACGAAGAUUUUUCUCAGGAUUAAGGUCUACCAAAAAAAAGGUCUGCAAGAUGAGUGUAGAACAGGACCAAUACAGAUUCAAGUCAACACAGGCCUUAGCGUGGACUGGGAAGUGCGAUAUGGCAGGAGUAUCAUUCUUGUUCCUUAAAAGAAAAAAUAUUAAAAAGUUCUAUAUUGUAAAUAUGUAUAUUUUAUAUUACAGUUGUAGCCCAUUUGCAAUCUGCUUGUGCACCUUACAAAAUCAGCACUUAACAGAAGGCAAGUGGCCAUUUAUUGUACUCCUUUACAUUUUUUUGGGGGCCACAAUUUACACAGCCUUAUGUUGGGUAUACCCAAGCUUGGCUUGUAUUCAGUAUAACAAGAUUUCGGUAUAUUUGCAUGUUCUCCAAAAGAUACAAGAGCACCCUACAGACACAAAGGUCUGUUCAUGAUGACAGCUAUGACUUGGCAGAAAGAUUGCACAUCUUAUGUACUUUUUUAUUAUUAUUAUUAUUAUUAUGGUGGCUAUAAACUGCUCCCAGGCACUGUGAAAUCUGCCGAUUUGCGCAACAAUUUUCUUCCCCAACCCAGUCAGACUGUCGAUUGUCAAACAUUUUUUUUUUUUUUUUUUUCAAAGCAUGUACAGUUAAAGGGACAUUCCUUUUUCUCUGAGGAAAAGGCAGGGCUCCACAUUGAUGCAUAGCAAUUUCAACAUAUUUGGAAACCCUAUCAGGCAGUAAUUUAAAAUAGCUUGUUGUAAAUGACUGAGCAGACAUAGGGGUAAAAUAAGGAACUUUACUGUGUGCCCUAAAAGCACACAAUUUUGACUUGAUAAUUUAUUAACCUAAUGAAAAAUGUUUUUGAGAUGUUUGAAAGAUUUCCCUAAUUCUAAUAUGUUUUUCUUUACAGUUAAAGAUAAUUGUAAGAGGGACUACAAUGUUUUCUGUACGGGAAAAAAAAAUAUUCGCUCUUCUACAAAUGCCUUAGUUGGUGAUCAUCAAAAAAAAAAAACUCCAGGCAGUUUUGUAGAAAAUGCAUUUCUCUUAACACAUAGGUAUUUUGCUUAAUGCAAAACUGAUAUAACUUUAAUCAAGGAGUAGCUGAUUGGCAACAAAAAAUAGGCAGUCAAUUGCCACUACACCUGCAUUAAAAAGUUUUAGUUGGAAUCUUGCCUUGAAAGUUAAUUUGCUUUCCAAAGUAUACAUAGUGCUGGCCAUACACAGAUCUUUUACUAAUAAUGCUAGAACAUUUCCAGCAACAAAGAUUUAUACUUAAACAAUAAUAUGUUUAAAAGCAUAAUUCUUUGUAUUCAAAUGCUUGCACAAUUAAAACAUUAUUUAAUUUGCAGCGUGCUCAAACAGAAUUUGUCCAUCAUGAGUGAAUAUUUCUCUGACCAACGCUAUAGAAUUAUCAAUUUUUAACAUCCAUGAUACUUGGAUGAGACAUGCAAAUUCCAAAUCUUCUUUGGUUUGGUUAAAAAAUUGCAUAAUAUAUGACUGUGUCUGCCUCAGACUGGGUUUCCUCACCCACUUUCAGCUGCUGUUGGAAUCUUAUACUAUAAAAUAAAUUUAAAUGUAACAUGGAGCUUGGGACCUCCUCCUAGCAGCUGUAGCCAAUGUGCAGACCUGCAAAUAAAGAGCUUUUUGCCACUAGUCUCCAAAGAAUGGAUACAAAACAGUUGGGCGGUUUAAUUCUCCAGCAUCUAUAUUAGACUGAAACACUCAUUUAGAGAGUACCAGCCCUUUAAGGCAAUGGCCUGCUACAACAGUAAAGGUUCUGUUCCGAGUAAAAUAUAAAUAGUUCUAUUAAUGAUUGUAAUUUAUUAAAAGAGCCUUUUUUUACUAACCUGCUCAAACCAAGGUACAAUAGAUCUCUACAAUUUAGAUCUAUUCAGAGUUUUAUAUCUUCUUGAGCAUUUUAAAAUAAUUAUUAUGCAAAUUAUUAAAUAAAGAUAUUACUAAUCUCUCCCAAAGAAAGCUUUGUUUAUGUUUUAUACAGGGGAUAUUUUAUUUGCGGUAAAAUCUAAAAUGAAUAUAAUUUUUUUCUAUCUUUUUAUACAACAGAUUUAUUUUAUGAUUCAGUUUCCUGUUUGUUAGCGGAAAGAAUGUUAACUACAACAGCGCAGUUUUCUCAUUUUUGUUAUUAACAUGGAACUGAUAUAUCUGUCUAAUGUAGAAAGAAAAAUUAUCCUGUGGAUUGAUAAAUAAAUAUUAAUUGCAGUUUUA